CAACACGAAAAUAGCGGAGCAAAAAUCAAAGCAAAUAUUCUAAGCUUAGAAUUUCAACAAAUCUCUGUCUUGCUUUUUUUUUCGAAAAAUUCUUUGUCUCUCUGUACUUAUCCCGCGCUAUCUGGUUACCGCUUAUAAAGUUCGCCGUAGCGUAACUAAUUACUCUGUUAAAAAGAGCCACUUAUAAAACGGCCAUUGUGGCAGAUGGUUUUCCUAGCUGUGCUAAUUUAAAUGUAACGGUUCUGCUAACAUUGUGACGCAACAACAAGACGACCAAACCGAAAACAGUAAAGUGAUGCGUAAAGUUUAAUUAAGACGGUGACUCACCGCUUUGGAGUAAAAAUAGAGGUGCAAAAUUCACAGUAGACAGCAAUAAAAUAAUUUGAGUGCCCGACCGUCCAUUUAACUAAAGAAGGAACAAUAAAGCGCUAAUAAAUAGGUACAAAAAAAUAAUAAUUAAAAAUUGGCAAAAACUAGCAGUGCGAAUUCGAUAUUUUUAAGUGUGUUGAAACAUUAAAAACAUUUACUUUAGUACGCUACCAACAACUGCUAUUUGUUUAACACAGUGUAUGCAAAUCACACAAACAACACACUCGAUGUGAGUCAUAGUUCGUGUCGGCCCAUCUGCACCUAUCCAAUUGAGUUCCAGCACUUCCGCCCCCGCCACCCAACUAUCGAUCCUCUUUCGAUUUUAUUUGGUCUCUCUUACGAUCAGUUCACCGGUCGGUUUAUUACCCAAAUCUAAAUAAUUGCCCCCCAACUAGCGCGCCGACCGAUCGAAAUCGAAACUCAAUCAAAAUGGAUCACAGGGCUAUUGCCAGUCAAGUGCGAGAUCUGCGAACAGCAUUCGAUCUCUUGGACAGAAAUCGUGAUGGUCGCGUGACAGCAAAUGAGCUGCAAUUUAUGUUAAAAAAUCUUGGCAUAAAUGUGCGAGACGAAAUCAUACACGAUCUCAUACGGGAAGCAAGCCAUUCUGGAAAUGGGUUGAUAAACGAGGCUGAAUUCCUGCAAUGGGUUGGGCGCAUUCAGGCGAUACGCGACGAACAGCAACAGCAGCAACAACAGCAUGAAGAAAAUGCAAGUAAACCAGAAGAGAAUGAUGAUGUCACCGAAGAUUUAAUCGCCGCAUUUAGGGUAUUUGAUCGGGACGGCAAUGGUUUCAUUACCCGCGACGAACUACAAACCGCCAUGGAGAUGAUUGGCGAACCUCUCUCAGAAGCACAACUCACACAAUUAUUGGCUAUUGCCGAUUUGGAUCAAGAUGGCCGAAUUAAUUACGAAGAAUUUACGAGACUUUUACUUUAAAGUGCUAAACGCCUGCAUCCUUACAAACAAAUAUUAGUGACGCAACAACAAACCAACUGCAAAGGCAACAAAAAGAAAAUAUAUAUGCUAACUUUAUAUACAAAUAUACUCAACUUAAAUGAAAAAUUAUAUACAUAGUUAAGCAUAUGUUAUGUAUAUUAAAAAUAACACGCUAUUAAUGAAAAAGAGUCAAAAUAAAAUAGCAAAAUAAAAGCAUAUUUUUAUAAGUUCGCCAGCGUUUAUCUGCUAAGGUGGUAAGAAGACAAAUUGGCAGCUGGAAGUUGAAACGACAUACAUACAUACAUACAUACAUAGCUGUUGGAAGAAAAGGAGAAGCAAGUCAACAAAAGAUGAAAAUUUUAGUUAUUAGGCUGUUAAUUUAAAUAAACACAACUACUUAUUUAUAGUUUCACACGAAAAAAAUAUACAUAAAAACAACUACAUGCACACAUACACACCUACAUACAUAUGUCUAGUUAAUUUAAGUUAAUUUACAUAAAUGCUAAUCAAAUUGUGUAAAAGCAGCAGCAACAAAGAAAGAGAAAUUUGUAAGAUAAUACGAUAAUUGCAGCGCUUAGUUUUUUCUAAAGAAAGAAAAUAAAAACAAACAAAAAUAACUUUAAAGCGAACUUCAAUUCUUAAACUGAAACAUACAUACAUAUAUAAAACUGUAUUCAUAACAUUGAAUUUUACAGAUUUAUAAUAAAUGUUAUAAUAUUAAAAAUAUAAAACAAAAUUCAUAUAAGUCUGAGCGCGAGAGUGAUAAAAUUUUGUGUUAAGGGUGCUGCAAUAAAUGAUUUGAAAUUCUGAUAAAAGUCAAAGCAAAAGUGAGUGUAUUGAAUAAAUUUUGAUCAGAUGGUGAUGAUGAUGACGACGACGACGAUGAUGUCGUACAAAUGAAUUAUCGCUAAGGAUCAAAAGCUUUGCAAUCAAAUGCAAGCUAACCUAAAAAAAUACAAAUAUUACGUACAUACAUAUAUUGCGCAAUUUUCAAAUUUGCUGGCAAAACAAAUAUUUACACAAAAAAAAAAAAAAACAAAUUGAAAAAACUAAAUGUAAACCUUCAAUAUUGUCUUACCAAGUGAAACAACUACAAAAUUAAAAAAUUUUAAAAUCAAAAUUAUUAUAUACUACUCUUAUUAUUAAACUAAGUCGUUUUCUAAAAUUCUAUAAAUCACCUGUACGUUUAUUAAUAUCUCUGUAUGUACAUACAUGCUUACAUACUUAUGGCUAAGCAGUAUGUGUAUGUAUGUACAAAUAUAUUCGCAUGUGCAUUAUUACUUAGCUUUGUUUAAAACAAAAUUAAAUGAGCGCAUACAAAGAAAUAUACAUACAAACAAAAAAAAAACAACAAACAAACAAACAAACAUAUUUAAACAAUUAUUAGGAAAUGGCAUGGAAAUUAAAUAAAGUAAAAU